AAAUUCUCUAAAAAUAAUGGGUUGCUGGAAUUCUAAUACAGGAGGCACUAAGCCAGUAAAUGAUGAAAGAGGAAUUUUGAACAAGCAAUGGGAAAGCGAGUUAAACAAAUAACAAGCCUUCAACACCAGCAGGUCUUUCAAGUACAGUUCUAGAUCCUAGGAGGAGCAGUUUCGACGAGUCACCUAACAUUGGAGAGAAAGAUCACACAGCUGAUACACACCUUAUCAAGAAUAGAAAAGCCAGCAUGAGUUUGGAAGAAGAGAAAGAGACCAAAGGAAUCAGAAUACGUAGGAUUAUGACAGAAAAACAGGUAGCCAUGAUUGCUAAAGCGAACCCAGAGAUGCUAGACCUUAAAGCUAAGGAGAUCAUCUCGAGUCUGAACAACAGAAAUCUCAGGAGGAACAAUCAGUUACAGUCAUUAGGUGGUAACUUUGGUUCAGUGAACCACAGAUCAAUGGAGAACAAGUUUGACUUAGAUGUAAAGCCUAUUAAUGAGGAGAAAGGACCUACGAACUUUGGUGAUACACCAAGACUAGUUCCUUCUUCGAUCGAUAACCUAGCAGCUGAGCAGGGUAAUGUUAGUGGGCCUAAGAACAAUUUACCACUGGAGACACCUAGAAGCUUCGAGUCUAAAACAUCAAGCCUUAACCGAGCAAGGAUUAUUACUAAUAUUAAUGAGAUUAACGAUGAUAUACCAGAGCAUGAAUUGGAAAAUCCCUUAGCCACAGAUAAGAAUUAUGAAAAAUAAGAAGACCCAGGCUCAUGCUAGGAAGCAGGAAUUGGAAGACCUACUUAAAGAGAUUGAUGAUGAUUCUGAUGAUCUAAAAAUUGAGAAUAAACCUAAGAAAUAUCCUACUGAGGUCUCUGAGACUCAUCAAUCUUCAAACAUAAUGACAACAAAGUUUACCCAACCUUAUUUGCAAAAUAAUGAAGAGGUUGAAGCGAAGGAAUUUAAUCUACAAACUCCUGCCCAAGAUGAGGAAUUUAAUGCUAAAAUAGAAGAAAGUCCUCUAAAGUCAUCCUCACCAAGAGAUUGGAAUUCUCCACAAGUCGUUCUGGAUAAGAACGACCAGAGUUUUCUUGAUGCUCCUAUUGAGCCAAAAGAAGAGGUUGGUAACCUCGAAUGGGAUUUUUAA